UGCGACACAUUAUCUCUAAAGUUACUCUAUGACUAGAUUGUAUGGAAUUGAAAGGUGUAAAACAUGAAGAUAUCAGCACUAUCACGAACUAACCAAUAAACAAGGCGUGAACCUACUUUUUCGAGAGAAUAGCUAAUGCCUGACGCAAUGUAACACUAACGCAGUAUAUUUUUACGAUUGGAUCCUUUCUGUCUAGAACUUUCUACUCAUAUGCGGGGUAUUUCAGUUUUGUCAAAGUUGACAUCCUUCCAAUAUGCGUGCAGUUUAUAAGAACAGUGUAUGACCGAUAAAUUGUUCUUGAGAUAUUUAAAUUAUUAAUAAUAUGGCUAUCAGAUCAUUUUUAUAUUUAGGUGAUACUGCAUGUAAAUGCAUUUUUACAACUGCACAACUUAAGCCUAAAUUACAUACUCUUGAAAUAUACAAACAAACUAGAAACUUUAGAAAAUUCACAGGCAAAACAAAAGUAUCGGAACCAUCUUUUCCAAAUGAUUACAUUGAAAAAGGACCUGUACAUUUUUCAAACAUGUGGAAACCAUUUGCUUUCACAAUUAUGUUUAGUGGAACAACAUUCGCUGCUGCUGCCAUUUGGGAAUAUGAGCGUAUCAGGGAAAAAACCUACAGUAUGCUGAACCAUUACAAGCAAUGGAGAAUACAUAAAACAGGAUGGAGACAUGAAAUGGAAAUUUGGUGGAAAAAUUUAAACGAAGGAGAAAAAAUAUUCGUUCCUAUAUGUUUCCUAAAUGUCAUAGUAUUUUUUGCAUGGCGUUUACCGAUAUCCCAAAGAAUAAUGGUACAAUAUUUUUGUACUAAUCCUGCAGCUCGUAAAUGCUGGCCAAUGCUGCUGUCAUCAUUUUCCCAUUAUUCAUUUUUACAUCUAGCAACCAACAUGUAUGUGCUGCACAGUUUCAGUUCUUUAGCUGUAACAGCAUUGGGUAAAGAACAGUUUGUGGCACUUUAUUUGACCAGCGGCGUAGUGUCUAAUUUUGUCAGUAAUUUAUAUAAAGUUUCACUCGGUGUACAAAGUCUUAGUUUAGGAGCUUCAGGAGCAGUAAUGGGUAUCCUUGGAUUUGUAUGUACUCAAUUUCCAGAUACGUAUCUUGCUAUUAUUUUUCUUCCCAUGUACAAAUUUACAGCAAGCAUGGGAAUUAAAGCAGUAAUGGGAUUGGAUAUCUUAGGAUGUAUCUUACGUUGGCAAUAUUUCGAUCAUGCGGCACAUUUGGGCGGAGUGUUAUUUGGAAUGUUUUGGCAAGCAUGGGGUAAUAGUAAUAUAUGGCAAAACCGUAUGUCGGUAUUAACAUUUUGGCAUAAUUUUCGUAAACCACCCGGGUCUCAUUGAUGCCUUUAUAUACCGUACAAGUUAUCAAUUUUACUAAAAUCUGUAAAAAUCACGCGAAAACAAGUAAUAAAAGCCAAACAAAUGAUGCAAG